GCAGAUACUGUUCUUGAAAAGAAGAGAAAACAUGACUUAUAAAGUGAAUCGACCUUAAACUCCUGGACCAAAAACCGAGGGGGUUUUUCAUGAAGGAUGGCAACACCAUACGUUCCUGUUCCUAUUCCUAUUGGAAGUUCAUCAUCCAGCUUUACAAACAGAAACCAAAGAAGUUCUUCUUUUGGGAGCAUCUCAACGAGUUCCAGCUCCUCAAAAGGACAGCUGGAGGACUCUACAAUUGGUAGUUUUAAAAAGAUGAGCGUGCCUGACCAGAUUGGUUCUACGUCAUCUGUGUGUAGUAGUCCACUUGUUAGGACUAAAUUUACAGGUAUGGAUACAUCCAUAGAAUACUGUACUCAGCCUGUAGAAGAAAUAGAGCAGAAUACAGAUUCCAGGAGCUGGGAAGAUCGACCGUCCACGCCUACUAUACUGGGUUAUGAGGUGAUGGAGGAAAGGGCAAAAUUCACUGUAUACAAAAUACUAGUAAAAAGAAGUCCAGAGGAAAGUUGGGUGGUUUUCAGACGGUACACUGACUUCUCCAGGCUUAAUGACAAGCUGAAAGACAUGUUUCCAGGCUUUCGGUUGGCCCUUCCACCAAAGCGCUGGUUCAAGGAUAAUUAUAAUCCUGACUUUUUGGAAGAUCGACAGUUGGGACUACAGGCAUUCCUUCAGAACCUAGUAGCUCACAAAGAUAUUGCUAACUGUCUUGCAGUGAGAGAAUUUCUUUGUCUGGAUGAUCCUCCGGGUCCUUUUGACAGUCUAGAAGAGAGCAGGGCUUUCUGUGAAACUCUGGAGGAAACAAAUUACCGUCUACAAAAAGAACUGCUUGAAAAACAAAGGGAGGUUGAAUCGCUGAAGAAAUUGUUAAGUGAAAAGCAACUUCAUAUAGAUGCUAUUGAAAGAAGAAUUAGGGAUUUAUCUUUAGGAAAUAUGACUCGUCAAAUGUCAGGAGAAGAAAGUGAGUGCAGUGGUGAGGUGGAGUCUUCUGCAGUAGAAGCAGACCAGGGUACCCUGGGUGAGGACAGCUGCUCGGAUAAAGAGAACCAUGAGGCAUGCUGGAGUGGCUCUUUGGCUGAAAGUUCUGUGCCAGAAAUUGAAGUCGCUGAAGUAGCGUAUACCGCUGAUGAAGAAGAAUAG